AUGACUCUGUCGUUCGUCGUGGGUUUUGCGGCCGCAGCCAUCGUGCUGCAGGUCCUUCGUGUGGUAUUCAACUCAUGGCAACACUCACGUAAUGCUAAGAGCUUGGGUUGUGGCAGCGUGCCAAUGUACCCGUGCAAGGAUCCUUUGGGAAUUGACAACCUGAAACAGGCUCUAGCGGCAGACAAGGCCAAAUUGGUACCUGAGUUGGCCGAGAAGCGGGUCAAGGUCAUUAGCGACCAGGAGAACCGCUAUGUCACUACAUUCUCCAUUAGGAACCUCGGUCGCACCCACAUUUUCACGAUUGACCCGAAGAACAUUCAGGCUAUUCUGGCUACACAGUUCAAGGACUUUGAGCUUGGUUCUAUCCGUCGUCUUAGUUUGCAUCCACUACUAGGCACUGGUAUUUUCACCGCCGAUGGAGAGGAGUGGAGCCGAUCUCGUGGCCUGCUUCGGCCUCAGUUCACUCGCGAGCAGAUCAGUCAACUGGAUUUGGAAGAAGAGCAUGUACAGAAGGCCAUGCAGGCUCUGCCCGUCGUGGCCAACGGAUGGACCGCCAUCACCGACAUCCAAUCCAUCUUCUUCCGCUUGACCAUCGACUCCGCCACAGAAUUCCUCUUUGGCGAAAGCGUCGAGAGCCAACUCGGCGCUCUAACCGGCCUGAACAGACCCGAAGACUCCUUCGCCAACUACUUCGACCAGUCGCAAUGGGUCUGCGCGCAGCGAAGUCGCUUUGAGGGCCUCGCCUUCCUCGCCGAGAACAAGGAAACCAAAUUCUCCGACAAGCAAGUCCACUCCUUUGUCGACAAAGUCGUCUCCAACGCGCUCACAGCCUCCCAAGCCGAAAAAAUUGCGUCUCCUAACAAAAAGUCCUCCUACGUCUUCCUUGAAGCCCUCCUCGAAGUGACCCGUGACCCAAUCGAGCUCCGCUCUCAACUCCUCAACAUCCUCCUCGCGGGCCGCGACACAACAGCCUCCCUCCUAAGCUGGACAACACUCAUGCUCGCCCGCAACCCAGAAGUCUUCACCAAACUCCGCGAAACAAUCAUUUCCACCUUCGGCACCUACUCCAACCCCCAGAACAUCACCUUCGCCACCCUGAAAUCCUGCGAGUACCUGCAGCACGUAAUGAACGAAGUGCUCCGUCUGUACCCAGUCGUCCCUUUCAACCGUCGCAGCGCAACCCGCGACACGACCAUCCCGCGCGGCGGCGGUCCGGACGGCCAGGACCCGGUCUACAUCCGCAGGGGCCAGUCGGUGAUCUACACGACGCAUGUUAUGCAGCGUCGCAAGGACCUGUGGGGUCCUGACGCUGACCAGUUCAAGCCUGAUCGAUGGAGUCGUCGGAGGCCUGGUUGGGAAUAUAUUCCCUUUAAUGGUGGGCCACGAAUCUGUAUUGGGCAGCAGUUUGCGCUUACCGAGGCCGGUUACGUUAUCGUGAGGCUUUUGCAGCGCUUCGACCAGAUUGAGAAUGCUUAUCCUGAUCAGAAACUUCGGUAUGGUCUUACUCUGACUAGCGCGCCUGCUGAUUUGGUUACUGUGCGUUUGCACCUGGCUGCGGAUGCUUGA